CUCCCAGCAGAUCCAGGAGCUCAGAGUAAGCCUCAGUCAGAGGUUGGUAUUGGAGACAGACAAACAGGAUGCAGCAGGUUGUCGUACUUGCGUUCCUCUUGGGCCUCGUUUGUCUCCUCCAUGGAGUGCCUGUACUUCCUGAAUCUCUCUUCCCCACACAGGAGAACUUCGACCUGACCAAGUUCAUGGGGAAGUGGCAUGAUAUUGCAGUAGCGUCCACCUGCCCCUGGAUGCAGCGCCACAAGGGAGAUGCAGCCAUUGGCACCCUGGAGCUGCAGGCCAGUGGCACUGAAGGCAAAGUCAGCAUGACAAGGAGCAAGAAAAAGCACGGGACAUGUAAGCAGAUCUCUGGUGAUUACGAGCUGACCGACACACCUGGAAGAUUCACUUACCACGUCGCCAAGUGGGGGGCUGAUGUUGACGCCUAUGUGGUUCACACUGACUAUGAUAAGUACGCCAUCGUUAUGAUGAGUAAACAGAAAACAGGAGGCGAGAAGACCAAGUCCGCCAAGCUAUACAGUCGCACCAUGGAACUGCCGCCCACUAUCCUAGAUGACUUCAGGAGGCUGGUGAGGGAGCAGGGCAUGGCUGACGACACAAUCAUCAUCAAACAGAACAAAGGGGAGUGUGUACCAGGAACGGAGCCUGUAGCAUCAGAGCCUCAGCCUGAGAUUACAGCACCGAGAGCCAAGAGGAACAUAGUCCUCCCUGAACUGCCCUCUGAGGAGGGUUCUGGUGACGACACCAUGAUGUUCAGGAGUGAAGAAUCCUGUAACGCCAAGCCGGACACAGGUCCCUGUUACGGGGCAGUGCAGAGGUACUUCUACAACUCCACCAGUAUGGCCUGUCAGCUGUUCACCUACGGAGGCUGCAUGGGAAACCAGAACAACUUUGUGACCGAGAGGGAUUGUCUCCAGAGCUGUCGCAAUGAGGCUGCCUGUAGACUGCCCGUGGAUGUUCGGCCCUGCACUGGUCAGCCCAAGAUGUGGGUUUUCCACUCCAACUCUGGACUCUGUCUGGACUAUAAAAAUGACUAUUGCCAGGUCAACAGCAACAAGUUCUACUCCAAGAGGGAGUGUGAGGAAUACUGUGGGGUGAUGAAGGAUCCGGGAGAAGGGGAGCUCCUCAAAACAAACUAAAGGAGAUGAGAAGACAGAACACAGAAUGUACACCACAGACCAACCACAGACCAACCACAGAUCAACCACAGACCAACCACAGAUCAACCACAGACCAACCACACAUCAACCACAGAUCAACCACAGACCAACCACAGAUCAACCACAAAUCAACCACAGAUCAACCAUAGAUCAACCACAGACCAACCACAGAUCAACCACAUAUCAAUAGCUGGGUCAACAGUAACACACUAUGGAUAUCAUACAUCACCACAUAGCACAAUAAAAUGAUAGAUUAAUCUG